AUGAUGAUCUUUUCCCGGCCGAUUCCGGCCACGGCGACCAAUCUCAUUGAGACUAACCAACUGCGCAGGAGAUAUUAUAGUCCACAAAUGGACGCGCAGACACAACGUGCACUCUCUAUUCCUGUCAUUCUCAUACUCUGGUGGGACGACCACUCGACACUACAAGUGAGAGUUAAGGCGCAGGACCGACGGCUUUACGUGCUCUCCGAGGCACGGGGG